ACUGUGUCAUAUCUGCAUUAUGAAGCAGUUCCUCUAACAACGCGUGUCGUCGUCUUCUUCUUUUCGACAACAACCAGAGCUUUUGCAUGGAUACCUGAAUUAAAGAUAUGGCUGUGUUUGAGAACUGCUCUGUGCUCCUGGACCUGAAAAAUUUGCCUUUCAAGGAGAAGAAGAAGCUGAAGGAGGCUUUAACUGACAAUGGAGGCAACCUUUCCUUUGUGGUCAAUAAACAGUGCUCUCUGAUAGUGGCCAGUGAUGUGUCCAACCUGAGCACCAACAGACUGCGUAAUAUUCAGAAGUACCAAACACCUGUGGUGGGGUUGGAUUAUGUGUACAGCUGUGUGGAGAGAGGUGUGCUUCUUCCUGUGGACGAAUACAAGCUGGAUACUUCCCCUCCGCUUGCUUCUUCACCUCCUGUCCUUCUCUCCUCAGCAGGGAAAAGUUCACUCUCAAAAGUGCCCAAAGGCCCGUUGAGCAAAGCACCCGCUGAGCCGUACAAAGGCCCCUCAAAGCCAGUGGAAUCUAUCAGGCUGACUCAGAAGGCAGAGACUCUGGAGGGAAGCAGAAAAGUCCUGGGAAAGUUCAGAAACUACACUGAAACUGACUCUGAUCUUCCAACCUUUCCUGAUAACUUUCAAGUGGCCAAGUAUUCAAUCUUUGAGAAGGUAAAUAGCAACACUUGGUGUGUGCUGGAGCUGCAGAGCUUCAAAGGAGACAAAGGAUGGCAGUAUCGAGUGGUCCGAUACCGGAAAGACGACAUACUGUCCAAGAAGGCGGCGGUGAUGGACAUGCAGGUGUUUCUGUCCACAUCAGAAGAAGCUCUGGAGGUGUACAAAGACCUGAGGGAGAACCUGCAGAAAACUGGCCUGCAGCUCAGGAGCAACUUUCUUCCACAGGUCCAGACCCUGGGCUCUGACCCCCUCCAGCAGCUGCUGCUGGAGGAGAAGCUGCACACAGGAAGCUUAUCAAAAGAAGUGGGCGGGUUUGUGGAGCUGCUGUGGACUGAGGCCCUGGGCUGCCUCAGGAACAUCCUCAGAGUUUCCAUCGACAAGCUCAGCCUCAACGAUGUGAGCAGGGUGGAGGGCUUGUUGCUCCAGGCUCAGAGGAAGCUGAAGGAGAAAAAUGAAAAUGAAGUGGCGUCUCUCAUGGAAGAAGUUUACACCUUGCUGCCACACAAAGAACCUCCCUUACCUCCCACUGCAAAGCUGAUCUCUCAGAAACUGGACCUCUGUCAGGUAAUCCGGGAUGUGCUGAAUGUGAGUGAGAUGACUCUGAGCAGCCCCAUGUCUUCCUCUCUGGGGAAGUACCGAGCUCUGAGGUGCAGCAUUGAGACCGUGUCCCCCGGCAGCUCCGAGUUUCAGGCUGUGACCGCCCCGCUUCAGGGCAGCAAAGUGCAGAUCCAUCAGGUGUUUCGUGUCAGCAGAGGGGUGGAGCUCCAAAUGUUUAAGAGUGAGCUGGGGAACAUAAAGCCCCUCCUCCAUUCCUCCAGCCCCAGCAACUUUGUAGGAGUCCUUUCUCGUGGUCUGUUGCUGCCUCGUGUGGGAGUGGAGCAUCAUGGGAUUGAGAGAACUGACAUUGGUAACCUGGGCAGUGGAAUCUACUUUAGUGAUGUCAUGAGCACCAGUUUGAAAUACUCAAAGCCCAGUGCGACGGACGGCUCCCGGCUGCUGCUGGUGAGCGAUGUGGCUUUGGGAAAGUGCCAGGACUUUUACAAGAGAGAUCACACAAUGACCGAGGCUCCAGAGGGACACGACAGUGUGCGCGGUGUUCGCUGUACGCGCUCCAAUCGUUCUGAGUUUCAGGAUGAUGAGUACGUGGUGUACAGUCCUGAUCAGGUGAAACUGAAGUAUGUGGUUCAGUUCAGCAUCGAGGGAGACCAACUGAAGGAGUUCAGUCCUGUCGUCAACACCUCGGCUGAGCUCUUGAUGUCCUCCACUAAGCAAGAGCUUGGUUCAGAGUUUGAAGGGGUUGAAAGUGUUAAAAACCCGUUGGAGGAUGUGACGGCUGGCCUGUUGGACAGCUCUGGUCAGCAGCUCCCUCUGCAGGCCGUCCAUGUGAAGUGCAAGCUGAUGGAUCUGCUCUCUCAGGUCAUCAUUUUCCAGAAAUACACCAAUCUGAGCUCCGUGCCCAUUGAGGCAAAGUACGUCUUCCCGUUGGAUGAUUCUGCAGCAGUAUGUGGAUUUGAAGCCUUCAUCAAUGGAAAACAUGUGAUCGGAAAGGUCAAGGAGAAGGAGAAGGCUCGCAAGGAGUACAAGCAGGCUAUUGAAAAAGGCCAUGGAGCGUACCUCAUGGACCAGGACGCCCCCGAUGUGUUCACCAUCAGUGUGGGAAAUCUGCCACCUGGUGCAACCGUCCUCAUUAAAGUUACCUUUGUGUCCGAGCUGAUAAUCAAGGACGGCAGUAUUCUCUUCAGUCUGCCUGGCAGUGUGGCUCCGUGGCAGGAGAGUGCAGCACUCAACCAGACGACACAGGUCACUGUGGAGAAGGUCUGUGUGACUGACGAUGCAGCAAAUAAGAGAGAGUUCACCCUCGACAUGUCCAUAGAGAUGCCAAAUGAGAUCAAAAAACUAACGUGCCUCACUCACCAAGUCAAGAUUAAGAGAACAGACUGUAAAGCAGUAGUGAGCGUGCUCCCAGAUGAGGUCAUGAGUCCAGAGGGUUUCCAUCUGCUGGUCACUCUGUCUGAGGUCCACCUGCCCAGGAUGUGGGUGGAGAAACACCCUGACAAGGACAGCCAGGCCUGCAUGCUGGUUUUCUAUCCGGACUUUGACGUUGACUCUUGUUCAGAAUCUGAUGAGGUUGUCCUGUUGAUCGACACGUCUGAGUCUAUGAAGGGAGAGUCUCUCCGCAUGGCUCAGAAAAUAGCCCUCCAGGCCCUUAAACAUCUCGACAACAAGCUCAGACUCAAUGUCAUUUUAUUUGGCACAGAUCACUCAGAAAUUUUCUUGACGCCGCAGCCCCUUGUUAAAGCUCGUCCAGAAGCCAGGAGCUUCAUCAAGUGCUUCUCUCCAGUAGGGGGCAGCACUGAGCUGUGGCGACCCCUGCGAGCUCUCAGCUUGCUGCCUCCUUCACGCGGCGUCAGGAACCUGCUGCUGCUGUCGGACGGCCACAUCCAGAACGCAGAGGUCACCUUGAGGCUGCUCCGAGAAAACGCUCAGCACAGCCGCCUCUUCACUUGUGGCCUCAGCCCGACAGCCAAUCGACACAUGCUCAGAGCCCUGGCCCAGGCAGGGGGCGGAGCCUUCGAAUUCUUCGACACAAAAACCAAACACAACUGGGCAGAGAAGGUGGCGCGUCAGUUGAAGCGUAUGGCGUCUCCUGGCUGCAGCUCAGUGUCAGUGAAGUGGCAGCAGUUCAACCCAACAGCGACCUCUCCUGUGCAAGCCCCCAAACAGCUCCAAGCUCUGUUCAAUGACAGUCACACACUGGUGUACGGCUUUGUGCGGCACUGCACUCAGGCCACACUGCUCGGAAACAUAAGCGGUCAGGAGCUUAAAACCAUGGUGUCGACCACUGAGCUGCAGAAGACCAAGGGCACAUUUCUUCACAAGCUCGCAGCGAGAGCCGUCAUCAGGGAUUUUGAAGACGGAAGCCUGGAUACCAAUGAAGCCGAACAUGAGGGAAAGAAAGCGGUGUUGAAGGACUUUGUUAUCGAAAUGAGCAAAGAGUUCUCCAUCCUGUCUCAGUUCACCAGCUUUGUGGCCAUCGAGGAAAGGGACUCCAAACAAGGCGAGGAGGGCGUCACAGACAUCCCCAAGCUGAUCGCAGAGGAAGAUGUGGACUUCCUGCCUUACGUCAGCUGGAUUUCUCCUCCGGGCAGUGUAGAGAAAUUGGGAGAGGAAUGUUCAGAGGAAGAACUUUAUUCCGGAGCUAUUGCUGACAGUUCUUUUUGGUCUGAAAAAAUGUCCUGCGGAGUGGACCUUUUCUCUUCUUUUGAAGAAGAUGAAGAAGAAGAAGAAGAAGAUGAAGAAGAAGAAGGAGAAGAAGAAGAAGAAGAAGAAGACGACGGAUUGUCCAUACAUGAGAUGAUGACAGAAUGCUUAAUGGAAGCGACCGUCUCUCCAGAAUAUGAACCCACGAGUCCUGGUCUUAAAAUGGCAAAAUGGACGUCUGUAGAAGACAGUGCUGAAGAGAUGGAGGUUGGAGGAUGGAGGCGAAAGAAAGUGUUUGCCAAGGCUUCUUCUGCCGUCUCCUCUUUUGCGCCUAAGGAAUGUCUUGAUAGCCUUUCAAUGAACGACAUUUAUUCCAUGUCAGCCGAAGAUUGUUCCAUGUUAGUCCCCCCACCUCGACAUCCUUCUUAUUUGAGUGGUAUUCAGGCCAAAACAUAUGGUCUUCCACCUCCUCCUCCUCCUCCUCCUGCUCCUGUUUCUGCCUCUGGUUUUGGGGCGUCCUUCUUUGGUCAACCUCCUCUUCCUCCUCCUUCUGGUUUUGGGGCCUACAUACCAUGUUCGGCUGCUUCUCAACGUUUGUCGUUGGGUCUUCAGGCCGACUCAUUAGUUCCUCUUCCAACUCCAAGUUCCACUGGCCUUCCGACCCAAUUAUUUGGUGGUCCUCUUUGCGGCAUUGGUCAAAUGGCCCAAUCGUUUGUUGGUUCUCCUCCUCCACCUCCCUCUACUUUACACCAGGGCUUUUCAUUUGGUGGUCCUCCUCCUCCUGGUCUUCAAUCCAACUUACUUGGUUCUUCCUCCAUUCCUUUUCAGGCCAGAGCUUUUGGCCAAGGUCCUCCUCCUCUACCUUUACUUAAGAACAAAUCAUUUGGUGGUCCUCCUCCUCCUGGUCUUCAAUCCAACUUACGUGGUUUUUCCUCCAUUCCUUUUCAGGCCAGAGCUUUUGGCCAAGGUCCUCCUCCUCUACCUCCCUCCACUUUACUUAAGUACAAAUCAUUUGGUGGUCCUCUUCCCCCUCCUCCUCCUCCCUCGACUAGACCUCAGGUCAAAGAAUGUGGUCGACCUGCUAGUGCUAAACCUCCGAUAAGGGAUUUAAGUGGCAUGGAAAUGAUUUCUUACUGCGAUGACAUGGAACGGUCUCUGCCUGAAGAAAGAGCAAAAACAUCUUCAUCCACAGGCAUUCGUGGAGCUGUGAUACCCGGGCGGAAAACAUUGCGCUCAGGGAGACGCAGCUUUCGACAAAAAAUUUCCUGUGGCUUUGAUGAGGCACCUCGUGAAACAUCGUCACUCUCAUUCUCUCUGCAUCAAAUGGAAUCCCAAGAUCAUCAAGUACAAGUUAAAGAUAGCACUCCAGGUCCAGUUGAUGAACUAAGGUUUGCUUGCGCUCAAGAACUGCAAUCUCGACGCAGUACCAAAGGUAGAAGGAAGGAAGAAGAGCCCACGUCCACGUCCAGUUUUUCGUACCAAAGUGAUGUUGCACCGGAGGAAGAACAGCCCAUUCCAGAGAUUAUUCCACAGAGUGAAUUAUACAGAUCAUCUAGUCGAUCACGAUUAAUGAUGAUUCGGCAAUUUUCGGUGAUAACAUCCGCCAUGAAAGAGGCAGACGAUCUCAGAGCCCUCAAACUCAGAUUGACAAAGAUCUUCCAGCUGCAGCAUUCGGAAGGCUACUGGGAGAUAACCUCAGAACUGGGAGAAUUAGUAAACGUGGAUGUGGACCAGUUUGCCAACGUGUUCCUGAAAAAUAAGGGCAUCAACUCUCUAGGUGUUAAGGCCCGUGUCGACAUCCUGCGGCUGGUGAUGACUCUCCUGGUUCUGCAGCUGAUGAGGGUGGAGAAGCUGGAGGAAGGCAAACUGCUCCGCACCCUCUUCUCCCUGGAUGACUCGUCUCAGCCCAGGCCUGAGCGCUGGGAGGAGGUGAAGAAGGCGGUGGACUGGGUUCGCUGGGCUGACCGGCAGUACCCAUGCGUCUACAGCCGACUGGAGUUCGGUUUAAGCUGGGAAUCCUCUACCCGUCAACUGCUGGGCUAUGAAGCCCUCCCUCCCUUCUCCGCCCUCAGUGGUCUGAACCUGCAGAAGACGGCUGUCCCUCUGCUGGUCCAAUGAGCAGGCCAACAUGAUCCAGGUGGAAAGAAGGGACAGAGAGUGAGAGAAAUCAAAUCAUCUUGCUUUUUUUCUGCUGGGGUUAGAUUACCUUUUAAGAUGUAUUUUUCCUAGAUAUACACCUUUCUUUUUUUUAGGCACUGUGGCUUUAAACUCGCUUGUACUUAAAUAACCAGACAUAGUCACCUGAACGCUACGGCACCAUUUACCAUUUUGUCAUUUGCAAACCAUAAUCAAAAUGCUUUUAACAGAAGAACCAGACCAAAUGAAGAAAACAUGCUAUACUGUAGUUUGUGAUUGUGCUCGUUUAGCAUGGAGCUAACAUAUAUUAUUAAAGCUACACUACAUCAGCUGAUACAUGAUGUAAUAUCUAUCUUUUUUUUGUUAUGCAGUAAGUCCUGUUUGUGUAACGCUAUGAGCAACAACUCUGCACUAAUCAUUUUAACGACGUGUGAAUGAUCAAGCCUUUUGGAGUUAAUGAGCUUUAAGUUUUAGUUUUGUUUAAGUUUUUAAUAUGUACACAAAUAUGUGAAACUAAUGAUAUUCUACAUACAGUAAAAAAACGACAAUCAAACCAAAUUCAGAAACUGAAAAUGUUAUAGCCUGAAAUAAUCAUGUUUGAGAAGAAAUUGUUUUGAUGUAUAUUUUGAUUUUAUAGUUUCACCCAAAUCCCAUCUGUCAACAUGGAGGAGGCGGAGCUUAUGAGCUAUGCUUCGGCCAGUCUGUAGGGGGAGCUCCAAUUGUUUUGGCUUCACUUUUUAGGAGCUGUCGUCUCAUCCAUCCAAAAUAUUGUGUAAAAUAUUUGGAACUUACCUUGCCUUAAAUAUAGAACUGCCUUCCAGCAACUUCAAUCACUCGAGGAAAUAAGAAUGUUGUACACUAAGCAUUCGUGAUCAUCAGGACGAGAGGUUUAUCAUUUUUGAAUAUGCAAAAUCAUUCCUUCACCCAGUUUUGCAUAACGGAGAAAGAGGGCUUUGUAUGAUCUGUUUUAUUUUUCCUGGUAGUCAGUGUGGUUUCCAUCAAUGCAUUACAGGAAGAAUGUGCAACAUGUUGGUGUUGGAGCUGUGUUUGGGUCAGGUUACAUGGAAGGGACGGCCUGCUCCUCCCCUCAUGUAUAAAAGCGGUUUUAGUUUUAGUUUUUGUCCUUCGCGGGAACUCGAGUGGAGCGGUGUUGGAGGUGUGCCGUUGGAGGAGAGCGGAGGCUUCAGAAUAGCCGAGGUGUGGCCAAACAGCAGUUUGUUAUGGUUUCAUGCUGGUUCUCUAGGGCGACAUCUACUGGAUCAAAAAGUUGCACAUUCUUCCUUCAAAUGAAUGAAUUACAAUAGUUAAUCACAAACAACAUAUUUGCACUAUUUGGUGUAAUCUUGUGUGACUUACUCCUUGUUAUGAUGUUAAAUGAUUGUUUACAUGGGCAGAAUUAAAGUCUUUUAAAAUGCUA